AUGACUGUCGCGUCGCAGCCAGCCGAGCAAGAGUUCAUCCCGAUCACCGCUCCCGACAUGCCCGGCGGAUCCUUCAGCGACAGCACCGGCCAGCGCAGGCGCUCCAGCGUCCGUCGCCCGUCCAUCGCCAACUCGCGCCUCGCGCCGCUCACCCACCACAAGAAGCCCGAGCCCGGCGCGCCCUUUAACCUCGUCUUUGUCGGUGCCGGCAACAUCAACUUUGGCAGUGAUGAGGGCCCCUGGGACCACUCGUUCCGCCUCGAGAACCGGCUCGGCCCGCGCCUCAAGGUCGUCGCCAUCAUCGACCCGGUCGAGGCCGUCGCCAAGCAGCGUCUCGACGUCAAGCGCUCGUCGUUCGUCGAGAUGGCCUACCGCGACACGCGCAUCUGCCCCUCGCUCGACGACUUUGUCUCGACUAUGAAGGAGCACGAGCGCCCGCACGCCUUCAUUGUCGGCUCGCCGGCCGCCUUCCGCGGCUCGACCCAGCAGGGUCGCGACUUUGAGCUCCAGGUCCUCAAGCUCUUCCCCGAGAACACGCCCGCGAUGUUUAUCGAGAAGCCGCUCUCGGCGGACUCGGUCGACAACGCGCUCCAGGUCGCCGACGCGCUCGUCAAGUCGGGCGCGGUCGUCUCGGUCGGCUACUUCCUUCGCUACCUUCGUGUCGUCCAGAAGAUGCGCGAGAUCAUCGAGGACAACGAGCUCGAGGUCAUGGCCACCAACGCCCGCUACUACUGCUCGUACGCCAACAUCGCCAAGCCGGCCUGGUGGAUGAAGAGCAAGGACUGUGGCCCGAUCGUCGAGCAGGGCACUCACCUCGUCGACCUGUCGCGCUACUUUGGCGGCGACGUCGACCUCAAGUCGGUCCAGGCGCAGGCGCUCGAGUGGGACGAGCCCGCCGGUCAGCUGUCGGCCAUCCCUGUCGACGAGUCCAAGAUUGCCGAGGACGACCGCAUCCCGCGCGUCACGAGCGCGACCUGGAAGUACGAGAACGGCGCGAUCGGCAGCCUCACGCACGCCCUCACGCUCCAGGGCUACAAGUACAACGUCGAGCUCGAGGUCCUCGCCGACGGGUACCAGCUCCGGCUCAUCGACCCGUACAACAACCCCGAGCUUCGUGUCCGCACCCCGGGCGGCGACGACGAGCAGGUCUACCGUUUCGGCGACGACGACCCGUAUGCCGGCGAGCUCAACGCGUUCCUCGACGAGAUCCCCGCCACGGCCGCCGGCGCUCCUGCCGCCCACAACGACAGCGCCAUCGCCGACGACGACGAGGGACGCGCGUUCGCCAUUUUGUCAUCGUUCGAUGACGCGAGCAAGACGUACGCGCUGUCGUGGGCGAUCCGCCUCGCGUCCGAGGCCAACACGACCAAGUUCUCGAAGAAGGAGAAGAAGUAGACUCGUCCCUCCCCUCUCAGUACCCCCAGCUCGCUC